GUCCGCCCGCCGGUGCCUCCUGCUGCCCGCCUCGUGGGCAGGGCCGGCCCGGCCGGGCCAUGGAGUCCUACGACAUCAUCGCCAAUCAGCCCGUGGUCAUCGACAACGGUUCAGGGGUGAUCAAGGCUGGCUUUGCAGGAGACCAGAUUCCUAAAUACUGUUUUCCAAACUAUGUUGGGCGGCCUAAGCACAUGAGGGUGAUGGCUGGAGCCCUAGAGGGGGACAUCUUCAUCGGACCAAAAGCAGAGGAGCACCGGGGGCUGCUGGCCAUCCGAUACCCCAUGGAGCAUGGCGUGGUGCGGGACUGGAAUGACAUGGAGCGAAUCUGGCAGUAUGUCUAUUCCAAGGAUCAGCUGCAGACCUUCUCUGAGGAGCAUCCUGUUCUUCUAACAGAGGCCCCACUCAACCCCAGUAAGAACCGGGAGAAAGCUGCAGAGGUAUUCUUUGAGACCUUCAACGUGCCAGCUCUAUUUAUCUCCAUGCAGGCCGUGCUCAGCCUGUACGCAACAGGACGCACGACAGGAGUGGUGUUAGACUCGGGGGAUGGGGUCACUCAUGCUGUCCCCAUCUACGAGGGCUUUGCCAUGCCACACUCCAUCAUGCGGGUGGAUAUUGCUGGCCGUGAUGUCUCCCGCUAUCUUCGGCUACUGCUACGCAAGGAAGGGGCCGACUUUCACACCUCUGCUGAGUUUGAAGUUGUCCGGACCAUCAAAGAGCGAGCCUGCUACCUGUCCAUCAACCCACAGAAGGAUGAGGCUUUGGAGACGGAGAAGGUGCAGUAUACCUUGCCAGAUGGCAGCACACUGGAUGUGGGCCCUGCACGUUUCCGGGCCCCUGAGCUGCUAUUCCAGCCAGAUCUGAUAGGUGAUGAGAGUGAGGGGCUCCAUGAAGUGCUGGCCUUUGCCAUCCACAAGUCGGACAUGGACCUUCGCCGGACACUGUUUGCCAACAUUGUGCUCUCGGGUGGCUCAACACUUUUCAAAGGCUUCGGUGACCGGUUAUUAAGUGAAGUAAAGAAGCUUGCCCCUAAGGACGUUAAAAUAAAGAUCUCAGCUCCUCAGGAACGGUUGUACUCUACGUGGAUCGGUGGUUCCAUCUUGGCCUCGCUGGAUACUUUUAAGAAGAUGUGGGUAUCCAAAAAGGAGUAUGAAGAGGAUGGUUCCCGUGCUAUUCAUCGCAAAACCUUCUAAUGCCCAAAGAGGGUGGAACAUGUUGGAGGGGACAGGAAGAAAGGGAAAUGUGAGCCUUUGCCCUUUAGAUCUGGGCUCACAUUCUAGGCUUAGGCUUCUGCAUGCCCUGAGCCCCGUGGGCAGGUGGUACAGAAGUGCUCUCCUGCAGCCCUCCCCCCACAUGCGUGCACGCACACAUACACAGUAACAUUUAACUGCAUGGAUGGCAGUCUAGAGCUGGAGCAUAGGGAUUGAGAAGCCCAGUAUCAGGUAUUCCCCUCAGCAGGGUCUGUUAGGCCUGUCCUUCUUGCUCUGACUCUCAGAGCUACUUCCCCAAGCUCCAAGACCAGACUCCUUGAUGCCCCAUUUUGUCUGACAAGUUCCCACUCGGGGCCAGUGUCUGGUCUGUCUGGGGAGCAGGCUGAAGGAGGAGCUCUCCCAUAGGCGCGGUGACACACAUCAGUGUGUCUCAUGCCACCUCUUCCUGACUCAAGGGCCACUCAGACCCUUUUGCAUACUCUUUCCCCCCUUGUCUUGAUGGGCAUAUGCCUUUGUGUAGGGCUGAAUACUGGGCAGUCCUACAUCCCUAGCAAGGAGAUGUGAUCCAGGGUCAGAGCAUCAGAGCCAUGGACAGCCACAGCCAGCCACAGCUCGUGGUUUGUCACAUUCGCCCCUUCGAAGCAUUUCAUUGACUUGCUGCUCCUCUUCUUUACCCUAGUGCCCUGGGUGGGAAAGGGUUAAUCAUCUUCAUUUGUUGAAGGACAGCCACUUAAUCAGGAGUCAGACCCAAGGAGGGGAGCAUUUCCUUCUUGCCUCUCUCAAGAAAAGGGUCUUCACUGUGGCCAGGGCCCUACCACCCUCCCCCAGAAAUGUACAAUAAUUUAACACAGUUGCCUGAAGAGAACCUUUUUUUGUAAAUCAUUAAUUAUAGUAAUAAUUAUGGACAAG